CCCCCCUUCUGCUUCUUCCCCCUCAUGAUUAUGGCCCUCCCAUGAGCUCGCCGACGACUCAUCAUUAUCUUGUGGGCUGGUGAGUUCAUCAUCAUGUUCAUCAUCAUCAUCAUGGAUGCUCAUGAUGAUGAAGAUGGCCCUGUCCCUGUCCUUGUCCCCCUUCUCCUCCUCCCUAUUUCUACCCCUCCGCAGUCUCCCUCUCCCCUCCCCAACCCAAUCGCCAGUCAACAGAAGAGGAAGAAGGAGAAGAAGUCGCAAGAAAGAAGAGAAGAAGUUCCAGAGACAGUCCACAGGAAGGUGGUCAUCAAUGGAGAGGCUGAACCUGAAGCUGUACCUGCAGAAUCGUUACAUGGUGGAGGAGAACGAGAGACUGAGGAAGAAGGCCAUCCUCUUGCACCAGGAGAGGCAGGCUCUACUGACCGAGCUCAAGAAGCAGAGGGUCCACAAGCCGAGCCCAAACCCUAACCCUGGACCCAGCCCGAGCCUCGCCCUGGGACUCAGUCUGGACCCGAGCGCUGGUUCCAGCGACCGCUUCGCCAAUGGCAACACAAACAAGGCUCACAAACCCUAGGUCCGGCCACAGUGGAAGAUUUUGCGGUUACAAAACCCUUGGAGAAAGUUGGGGGGGUCAUAAACCCUAGGUGGUGCAACUUAUAAAAACAUUUAGUUACAAAAACGUUAGUUUAUUUUCUUUAAACUUACUGUUAGUAUUGGGAAUGUCAUGGAUCAAUGUGGGAAUAGUUAGAUCGAAUGAGAACAAAAUAUCACACUUGGAAAGUAAAGAAGAACUUGCGAUGUUUUGCACUGAAACUUUUCAGUUUGCUUUCA